GUGCCAAGAUGGACAACAGCCUCCAACAUGAGCGACAGUCUCCCAGUUACUCUUUUCCUGACAGGGAUCCCAGGGCUGGAGGCUUUCCACAUCUGGAUCGCCAUCCCUUUCUGUGUCAUGUAUCUGGUGGCUCUGCUCGGUAAUGCUGUCCUCAUCCUCAUCAUUGGGACAGAGAGUGCUCUUCAUGCACCCAUGUACCUCUCCCUCUGCCUUCUCUCACUCACUGACCUGGCUCUCAGCUCCACUACUGUACCUAAAAUGUUGGCCAUUCUAUGGCUCCAUGCUAAUGAGAUUUCCUUUGGUGGAUGCCUCGCUCAGAUGUUUUUUGUCCACUCCAUCUAUGCCUUGGAGUCCUCAGUUCUCCUUGCCAUGGCCUUUGAUCGAUAUGUAGCUAUCUGCAACCCACUGAGAUAUACAACCAUUCUCAACCAUUCUGCCAUAGCCCAAAUUAUCUUUGUUGGGAUAGUCCGUAGUGUGGCUAUUGUCUCCCCUUUCAUUUUUCUGCUGAGGCGACUGCCCUACUGUGGUCACCGUGUCAUGGCUCACACAUACUGUGAGCAUAUGGGCAUUGCUAGGCUUGCCUGUGCCAACAUCACUGUCAACAUUGUCUAUGGGCUGACUGUGGCUCUGCUGGCCAUGGGCCUGGAUUCCAUCCUCAUUGCCAUCUCCUAUGGCUUCAUCCUCCGGGCUGUCUUCCGUCUCCCAUCCCGAGAUGCUCAGCACAAGUCUCUGAGUACCUGUGGAUCUCACCUUGGUGUCAUCUUGGUUUUCUAUAUACCUGCUUUCUUCUCCUUCCUUACCCACCGCUUUGGUCACAACCAAGUUCCUAAACAUGUGCACAUCUUCCUGGCUAACCUCUAUGUGCUGGUUCCUCCUGUGCUCAAUCCCAUCAUCUAUGGAGCAAGAACUAAGGAGAUUCGAAGUCGGCUUCUAAAACUGCUUCACUUGGGGAAGGACUUAGUAUGA